UUUCAUGGAAAUUCAGCUGUAAUCAAUCACAAAUCACAAAAGUACCAAAACCGGAGAACAGUGAAUUGACAUUUUUUGAUAUAGUUGUAAAAACUGAUAAAUUUAGUAUUAUAAUUCCUGCUGUCAGUAAAAGCCAUUAACAUGGGUGUCAAAGUCCAAGAAGCAAUGGAAGUGGAAGUAGCAGCGGAGCUUGCGAGCGAGGAGACUGACAAGAAGGACUCGAACCUGCAGUCAAUCCAAGACCUGCGCGAGCACACGCGCCAGAUCGAGAAAGCAGUCCAAAACAAAGAGCCGCGAUUCAUCCUGCGAGCUCUGAGAGCUUUGCCGAACACCCGCAGGAAGCUGAACCCCGUGGUCUUGCGGGGCGUGAUCGGAGGAUUCUACACACGAUCAGCAGCUGAGCGAGAGGCCCUUCUUGCUUGGGUGGAGGAACCUAUGGACACCGAAGGCACCCAGGCAGCGAUCCAACGCUUCAAGAGCUCAGCGUCUCCACUGCUGCCGGAAAUUGAUGCUUACAUACAUCUGCUAGUCCUGGUGCGUUUAAUCGACACCAAGAAAUACCAGGAAGCUGUCCAGUGCUCUGAGUCACUUGUUCACAAGAUAACCGCGCAAAACAGGAGAACAAUUGACUUGAUAGCUGCUAAAUGUUACUUCUACCACUCGCGCGCUUACGAGCUGAUCAACCAGCUGGACAAGAUCCGAGGAUUCCUUCAUCUUCGGCUGAGAACCGCCACCUUGAGGAACGACUUCGAGGGCCAGGCUGUGCUGAUAAACUGCUUGUUGCGCAACUACUUGCACUACAACUUGUACGACCAAGCUGACAAGCUCGUGCUCAAGUCGACCUUCCCAGAGACUGCCAGCAACAACGAGUGGGCCAGAUACCUCUACUAUCUAGGAAGGAUCAAGGCCGCAAGGUUGGAAUACUCUGCUGCCCACAAGUACUUGGUCCAAGCGAUGCGCAAGGCUCCUCAGUCCACUGCCAUCGGAUUCCGUCAGACGGUCCAGAAGUUGGCCGUCACUGUCGAGCUUCUUCUUGGAGACAUUCCCGAGAGGCAGAUCUUCAGGACUGCUCCACUGAGACGAGCUCUGGCGCCGUACUUCCAGCUCACCCAAGCAGUACGUCUGGGAAAUUUGCACCGCUUCGGAGAGGUCUUGGAGAACUUUGGUCCCCAGUUUCGCUUGGACCACACCUUCACUUUGAUUCUCCGUCUGAGACACAAUGUUAUCAAGACUGCGAUCCGGUCUAUCGGGUCCUCGUACUCCAGAAUUUCACCGGGAGACAUUGCUCGCAAGCUGGGUCUCGACUCUGGAGUUGACGCUGAGUUUAUUGUGGCCAAAGCGAUCCGCGAUGGCGUAAUUGAAGCGACUCUUGACCCGGAAAAUGGGUACAUGCGAAGCAAGGAAAGCACUGAUAUUUACUGCACCCGGGAACCUUUGCUGGCGUUCCACCAGCGGAUAACUUUCUGUCUCGACUUGCACAAUCAGAGUGUUAAGGCUAUGCGUUAUCCGCCGAAGUCUUAUGGUAAGGAUCUAGAGUCUGCAGAAGAGCGCAGAGAGCGCGAGCAGCAGGACUUGGAGCUGGCGAAGGAAAUGGCUGAGGAGGACGAUGAUGGUUUUCCUUAAAUUUAUUUUUUAUUAAUUAAUGUAUUGAAUUAAAUACUUACUUUGUAACUUUUUUUUUUUGAGUAAUAAUAAUAA